AUGGAAAAGACCAAAACAAAGCAAGGAGAGAAUGAACAUAUGCCGAUGAAUAACCCUUCCACACAGAUUUACCAGUUGCAGGCCUUGGCCUCUGAACUCAAAACUGGUUUCACGGAAGCAAUGCAAGAACUGUCAAGAAUUCAACAUGGAGAAUAUGCUUUGGAAGAGAAGGUUAAGAGCUGCCGAUGUUCCAUGGAAGAAAAAGUUACCGAGAUGAAGAAUUCGUUAAACUAUUUCAAGGAAGAGCUGAGCAAUGCCAUGGCAAUGAUUCAGGCCAUCACUUCCAAGCAAGAAGAAAUGCAACAGAAAAUUGAACAGCUUCAGCAGGAAAAGCGAAGGGAAUCUCGAAAGGUUAAAGCCAAGAAAACUCAAAAAGAAGAACAUGGCUCACAGGCUGGGCCUGCUCAAGCACAAGGAAGUCCUUUCCGUUCAAUCAAUAUCCCUGAGCCUGUUCUUCCAAGUGAAGACUUUACAAACCUCUUGCCUUCUCAGGCCUAUGAAAAAGCCCAAGAAUCCAGAUCCAUGCAUGUAGCAGACAGUAAUGUGAAGGGGAUGAUGGGUCCUGGAAUGAACCCAACAACUCCAGAAGCAGAAGAAAACCUUAAGUCUUGCCUCUCGGCUGAUAUCCAGCCCAAGAGCCAUCUCUCAUCUGGUGUGUGGAGGCAGCCUAAGGAUGGUAAAGAAUGGGGCGAGGAGUAUGUCACGAAAGACCACCCAGAUAAACUCAAGGACGCUGGCCAGGGCAGACACAGCUCCCUGGAAAAUGUUUUAUGUGAAACCUCUUUAGCUGCUAAAAGACAGACUGUGGCUCUAGAACUGCUUGAGUCAGAGAGAAAAUAUGUCAUUAACAUCUCUCUGAUCCUGAAGAUCAAGGCAACAUUCCAAGGGUCAGAUGGAAAGAGGAAUUCCAAAGAGAGAAGCCUCUUCCCUGGCUCUUUACGGUACCUUGUCCAGCAGCACCUCGAUUUGCUUCAUGCUCUGCAGGAAAGGGUCCUGAAGUGGCCACGCCAAGGAGUUCUUGGAGAUUUAUUCCUUAAGUUAACAAAUGAUGAGAAUAAUUUCUUGGAUUAUUACGUUGCCUACCUAAGGGACCUGCCUGAAUGUAUCUCCUUGGUUCAUGUUGUUGUUCUGAAGGAGGGUGAUGAAGAGAUUAAAUCUGACAUCUACACACUGUUUUUUCACAUAGUCCAGCGCAUCCCUGAAUAUCUGAUACAUCUGCAGAAUGUCCUGAAGUUCACAGAGCAGGAACACCCUGACUAUUACCUACUUCUGGUGUGUGUUCAGCGCCUUCGAGUAUUUAUCUCACAUUACACCCUGCUGUUUCAAUGCAAUGAGGAUUUGCUUAUUCAGAAACGGAAAAAGCUCAAGAAGUCAUCCAUGGCAAAGCUGUACAAAGGGCUGGCUUCCCAGUGUGCAAAUACUGGACAAGAUGCUUCCCCUACUGCAGGCCCCGAGGCUGUCCGUGACAGUGGGAUCCACUCAGAAGAGAUGCUGCAACCCUACCCUUCUGCUCCCAGUUCUGGCCCUGCUGUCACACAUUUGAUGGCCCCAGUGAAGAAAAGCCAACAACAGCAAAGCCUGAUGGAGAGCAUGCAGCCUGGGAAGCCCAGUGAGUGGGAGAUGGAGGGCAGAAAGCACGAGAGGCCCGAGAGCCUCCUGGCGCCGGCGCAGUUCUGUGCGGCCGAGCAGGACGUGAAGGCGCUCGCCGGGCCCUUGCAGGCCAUCCCCGAGAUGGACUUCGAGCCCUCGCCCGCCGAGCCGCUGGGCAACGUGGAGCGCUCCCUGCGCACCCCAGCCGAGCUCCUGCCCGACGCCCGCGGCUUCGUGCCCGCGGGCUACGAGGAGUUCGAGUACGGCGGCGAGAUCUUCGCGCUGCCCGCGCCCUACGACGAGGAGCCGUACCAGGCCCCGGCCCUCUUCGAGAACUGCUCGCCCGCCUCUUCCGAGUCCAGCCUGGACAUCUGCUUCCUGCGGCCCGUCAGCUUCGCCAUGGAGGCCGAGCGGCCCGAGCACCCGCUGCAGCCGCUGCCCAAGAGCGCCACGUCGCCGGCGGGCAGCAGCGGCGCCUACAAGCUGGAGGCGGCGGCGCAGGCGCACGGCAAGGCCAAGCCGCUGAGCCGCUCGCUCAAGGAGUUCCCGCGCGCGCCGCCCGCCGAGGGCGUGGCCCCGCGCCUUUACAGCACGCGCAGCAGCAGCGGCGGCCGCGCGCCGCUCAAGGCCGAGCGCGCCGCGCAGCAGCACGGCCCGGCCGCCGCCGCCGCGGCUGCAGCCGCCCGCGGCGCGCCCAGGACUUUCUUCCCCCAACAGAGGUCCCAAAGCGAAAAGCAGACCUAUUUGGAAGUAAGGAGGGAGAUGCAUUUAGAAGACACCACCAGAUUCUGUCCAAAGGAAGAAAGAGAAAGCGAACAAACAUCUUUCAGCGAUCAAAACCCCAGGCAAGACCAGAAAGGGGGCUUUCGCAGCUCCUUCCGCAAGCUCUUUAAAAAGAAGUCCAGUGGAUCAGAAUACAGGGAAAAAACUAAUGAGAAUCCCUCAAUGGAUCCUUCACCCACCAAACAAGAUUUCUUCAGAAACCGACUUGCUCUUGCAAAUGACCUUGACCAAGGAACAGCUGUGUAA